AUGGAUCGUCAAGGAAAGCCUGUGACUUUCACAAGUCCCCUGGGCACACAAUAUGAUUGCACGUUCAUUUCCGAUCCCCGCCAGAAUAAGGAGCUCGGAGCCCGUCUGAAAGACAAGAACAUCUUGAUAGCUGGAGCUGGACGUGGUGUUGGUAGAGCUGCCUCAGAGUUCUUCGCCCAUACAGAAGCGAAAUCUCUCAGUCUUAUGGCACUAGAGACAGAAGAGGUAGAAGAAACCGCUCAGCUAUGCAAUAAAAUCAACCCCAGCCUUCGAAUCAAAACUGCUGGAUUUAAUGUCAUGAAUUACAGCUUAGUGGAGAAGUUCGUCCUAGAGACUAUUCAGAAGUUCGGAAGGAUUGAUAUUCUCUUCUUCAAUGCUGGCCGCCCUCCUCAGUGGUUGGCUACCCACGAGUCCGACCCAGGAGUUUGGUGGGAAACACUGGCUGUCUCGAUGCAAGGAGCUUUCCAUUUUUCGAGAGCUGCUUUGCCAUCGAUGAGAGAACAAGGUGGGGGCAGGAUCAUCUUCACUUCAAGCAACGGUGCACAUGCAUCGCAAGGAAUGGGAGGUUAUAUUGUGGGCAAACUGGGACAAGUUCGUCUGGCAGAGAUUAUUCAUAAUGAGAACAAAGAUUGUGGGGUGACAGCGUUUGCAUAUCAUCCCGGUACGAUUGAGACACGGUUCUUCCACGACUUCAAAGAUGCAGCUGAAGGAAACAUCAAGGCCAAAAGUUACGUAUCGAAGGACUUACCAGGAGAGCAAAAGUCAGCAAUGAUUGCCGUCAAGGCACUGGAAGCGAAAAAGUUUGCCACACCCCAAAUGCCAGCAGGCUUGGUAAUUGUGCUGGCAAGUGGGCAACUGGAUUUCAUGUCAGGCCGGUAUCUGGAUGCUUCGAAACGAAUCGAAGAUUAUAUUGCUGAUGCAGAUAGGAUAGUCAAAGAAGACCUGCACAGGGUAAGAUUAGUCGUUGACAAAGAGACUGACAUAUUUGUGCCAAAGAGUCAAGGCUAUUAG